AUGUGCAUACUGGAUGCAGGCAUUAGCAGAGGCACAUCCGCUGCCGAAGAAGGUGUUGAAUCGCUGAAUACGCUUGAUCUGCAACAAGCUUGCCGCGCUAGAGGUGUACGUGCCAUCGGUUUGAGUGAAGAGGUUGAGAAGACAGGCAUUGCUGAAAGCCCGCGUCAGAAAUUAAUAGACCUCGAAAAUGGAAAAGUGGAGCACGAAGCUAGGCUUGAUCUGAUAAAGAAGGAUAAGGAGAAAGUUGUGCUGGCCGAAGGAGAGAAAGAACGUGUUGCCGUAGAAGAGAUAGCAUCGACGUCUACGAAAAUUGCUGGAACGUCAACAGAAGCGAUUCAUGCGGCGAAGAAGGAACUAAUAGACGUGGUGCAAGAAGCUGUUGAUGCUGCGAAAGCCACGGGAAAAGAGAAAGCUGUGGCUGAAUCCCCCCCCUUCCCAGCUGUCGGUCCAAUUGUCAUUCACUCCAGAGAUCUCUGA